UCCUGAAGGGCAAGUCCAGUGUAAAAGCCCUACCAAAAAUUAAAGAAAAUCUUGAAGUCACCCAAGCGAGCCCUUCAUCCAGCCCAAGCAGUCGAGUGAAUGUCAGAGAAACAACAGACUUGGAAAAAAAUGAAGAGAAAAUAGAAGACAGCACUGUACCAAUGAAGGAAUCACUGAUAAUCAACUUUGAAAGUAAAGAAAGUUUGAAAAAUGCUGAAGUGACUUCAAGUACAGGAAUGACUCUCCCCACAGGUGUUUCAACCUUUCUCCUAGAGUGUUUAGAUGUAGAUUCAACUGCAGAUUAUAACACAGCUGCUAGUGACAGCCUGAACAGUUACCCAUCCCCUGAAACAUUCAGAGAUGAUGGUUCAGAAAGAAGUAAUUUUUACUCUGGGGACUCUGGCAAGUACAAGAACUCUACUCUCCUGGACUCCAGCAAAGCAGUGACCAUAGAUAAGAUACCACAGAUCUCAAAUCUUUCAGCAAUAUUAGAACCUGUACAGGAGGAUUUUCAAGACCAGUACCCUAGAAGAAAGAGACCAUCAAAUUUUAAUGAUGAUUCUUCAAAAUUAAGUGUUUCGACUACUCUGGCAGGGAAAAAAGUCUGUAAAAUUACAGCUGCAAGAGAGAGAACUCCAGACCUAAAAACUGGUAUGCGCUGUUCUUCACCGUUAGGACCGGAAAGAAAGCCUGACAAUCAAACUGCUAAACCCAAAAGGCUGAAGGGUAAGAAAAAAGGGAAAAAUUCAGAAGAAGGUACAUGGUCGUUCAGUCAGCUCGAUGCUUCGGCCCAAUCAGUGGGGGUGCCAGCAGAAGUACUGCUGUCCAAGCAGCCAGAUGCUGUGGUGCCAAUGAGUUCCACCAUGCUGAUCAGGGAGGAAAAUAAAGCCUUAAAAAAUCUGGGUUGUGCUCAGCCUGCAGAGCUGGAUCUUACCUUGUCACCAGUGUGCAAAGCCUCACCUGGGGAAGACCUGUUCCUGAACACCACAGGUCCAUGUGUGAAUUCAGAAGAAAUUGUUCCUGCGUCUCUGAGCUCAGAAAAGGAAAUUAUUCCUCAAAGUCCAGGAGAAAAGAAUAUUUUUCAGCCUCUCUGUGGCAGACAAGAAAUCUGCUCCAUUGUCAGAACUUCACCGUGCCAGAGACCUUCCAGGCUUCGCCACAUUCCAGUUACCACAAGAGCCUUCUGCCUUCCCGAAGGAGUGCCUGAAGAUACUAUUACAAGUACCAAAAACUGGAUCUACUGUAAACACAGAUGA